AUGUCUCAAGUAAAUAAUUCAGACGAUGAUUUUCAUAUUCCUUUUGUUUUUUACGGAGAAGAUUAUUCCGAAUGGGAAGGAGAAAAUUUAGAAAUCGAUGAAACGUUAUUUAAAAAAAAAGAAAAUGAAAUUCAAUAUAAGGAAAAUUUACCGGAAAAAUCAUAUAAUUAUCAAGAGAAUAAUAUAAUACCUUUGCAAAAAAAAUUCAAACCAAUUUCGUUUGAAAGUCCCGAAAUUUACGAACUCGUUUUUAACGUGUUGCGAAUACCAAAUCUACCACCCGUAGUCAUGCCAAAUAUGGACGCAUAUAAAUGCGAAGAAUAUUCCAAAAGCGAAUUAUUUAAAUUUAAUUUAUCGUCUAAAAAAACAAAUAUAAUGUUUGAUUAUUUACAAUAUGUCGGAAUAAAGAAAAAAAUUGAAAUUUUUUACGAAAGGAUAUUGGAAGAAGACGUCGAAGAAAUACCGAAAAAAAAAAGACAUUACGAAUUAUUAUUAAGAGAAUAUGCAUCUCGUCUUCCGACCGUGCCCCUGCAACAAGAAUGGAUCGAUUCGAUACUUUCAAAACUUUAUAAUUUACACGUUAAAUUUCCAUUUAUUGCCGAUAAAAUAAUGGACGAAGUUAAAACGAAUUUUUAUCAAAGCAUGCAUCAAUUUGGAAUCGAUGCCAUUAUGAAAUGUUUACCCGGACAAAAUAAAAAAUCAUUUGAAAUACCCAUAGAUGAUGGGGAAGUGGGUAAAACUCCACGGUAUCAUAUAUUUCUCAUGCAUAGGGAAUUGAUUAGAUCUCGACUUUUUAUACUUCAUAAAUUUCAAAGGAAAAUAUACAUGCUUUGCGUGAAACUUUUACCAGAGUGGUUGGUCGACAUAAGUAAAUACAGGUCUUUGGGUUUCAUAGAUUUGACUAAAUUCAAUGCAUUGUUUUUUGCGGAUUUAAAAAAAAGCGAACACAUUGUCACGACUUCGCUUUAUCCAAAAGUUGUCGCUCUUGUAUCUCGUAAAAGAGCUUUAAAUGAAUUUAAAAUUUCUGCAAGACCCAAAUAUCUUGCAUCCGCUACGAAUAUUUUAGUUGUACAGGUAACUCAAUUGAUUCAAAGGAGUAUAAAUCGUUUUAUAUGGGCAACGGAAGACGUUGAAAGAAUACCUUUUUUGGAUUUGGAAUUGGUAUUCGAUGAUGGAAUAUCAUUGUUCCCAUCGGAAAAAACAAUUAAUAAUACUUUUCAUAAUUUUAUAAAUGCCAUGGCAAAUAUUGCACAACAAUUAACAUCUUUGGAACAAUGGGUCGAUAAAGUUCCCGUUAAAUCAAAUUUUAUUAAAAUCGCCAUUAACGAAAGUUAUCUGACUGAAAUGCACGAUAAACUCGAUUAUAAUUUCGAUCGUUUAUUUGAACCCGUUUAUAAUUAUAUGGAUGCACUAGAUGAUGAAUAUAAUGGAUUAUAUAGUGCUGAACUUGUUUACGAAAUAAAUUCAUUCAUUGAUGAAAAUCAUUCAUUUGAAGAAGUCGUGGAAAAACGUGAACAUUUUCAGGGUUACGUUGAUAAAAUAAACGACAUGGUUGGAAAUCAAUAUUUUAACUUGUGCAGAUUAUGCCAGGAAAAACUAAUAAGUAGUCUAAGAAAUUUUGCAUAUGCAUUUUGCGAUGAUUUAUUAGGUGAAAUGAUAAGAACUCACGGUGCGGUUAAUUUAGAAAUAUGCAGAACAUUCGAAGAGGUGAAAGCGAGAGCGUUAAAAAUGCCGGAAUCAUCGGAAGAAUUCAUGGAAUUGGGUACAUACAUGGUUUGGGCGAAUUCGACAUUGAUGAUUGAAUUAAAAGAAAAAAUAACGAGACAACUUUUUAUAGUUGGAAGGUUAAUCGAAUUGACGGAGAUUCCGACCGAAUAUUCGAACAUAAUGUCGACGACGGUUAAUUGGUUGCGAGACAUAAAACCGAUAUUCGAUUUAAAUUCAUCUUUGUACGAACAAUACAAAGUCGAGUUCGAAGAUAGAAUUCAUCAGAGAACGGAACGUUUGAAUAGACAACUCGAAGAUUUAGGACCCAAAUUAGCCAUACUCGAUAAUAUGGACGACAUUGAAAGACUUCCGAGUUAUUUGGAAGAGAUAAGAAAGUUACUUAGGGAUUUGGAAAAAUUUAACGACGAUGUCAAAUGGAUAAAUAAAGAAGAAGCCAUUUUUAAAUUUUCAAUAUCGAUUUAUCCGGAAUUGGAAGAAUUGAAAAAUAUAAUCGUUCCGUUUGCAAAAUUACUUUUUACCUGUCAUCGUUGGCAAAGAAAAUACAGAUUAUGGAUGGAUGGAAAUUUUCAUGAUUUAAAUGCGGAAGAAGUUGAAAGCACGACCGAAGAUUUUCAUAAAGAAAUAUCAAAAACUUUAAAAGUGUACAAAGCGAGAAUCAAACAACAAAUACAAGAGAACAAUCCGAGAAAAUUCAAAGGUAAUUUAGACGAUCCUGAUCCUAAUAUGGUUCCGGCACCGAUAAAAAUAUGUAAUAAAACAUUAGAACAAAUAAAAGAAUUUAGAACUUGCAUACAAAUCGUUGGGAUUUUAUGUAAUGAUGCGUUAACUGAAAGACACUGGGAUGAAAUGUCGGAAAUAUGUGGAUUUGAUAUAACGCCAGAUUUCGGUACGACUCUACGAAAAGUCGUAGCCAUGAAUUUAACCGAAUAUCUCGAUAGAUUUGAAAUUAUAUCCGUGGGAGCUUGUAAAGAAUUACAACUGUCGAAAAAUCUUCAAAAAAUGUGGGCCGAAUGGGAAGGAGUCAAAUUGCAAACAAGUUUUUGGAAAGAUACUAAAAUCACCAUUUUAUCCGGACUCGAUGACAUUCAAGCUUUAUUAGAUGAUCAUUUAGUUAAAACAAUGACGAUGAGAGGUUCUGCUUUUGUUAAACCGUUCGAAGCGGAAGUCAAAGACUGGUACGAGAAAUUGAAUAGAGUUAAUAGAACUCUCGAGGAAUGGGGAAAAGUUCAAAUUCAAUGGUUGUAUCUCCUUCCAAUUUUCUCAUCCAAAGAUAUCGUCGCACAAAUGCCCGAAGAAGGACACAUGUUUCAAGAAGUUGAUAGCGUUUAUAAGAGAUUAAUGCAAAGCGUCACUCGGGAUCCACUCGUAUUAAAUUGUGCUGGUGGUACGGGUGUUUUGGAAGUACUCGUCGAUCAGACAGCGUCUCUGGAAAAAAUCAACGAUGGCGUUAACAAUUACCUGGAGAAAAAAAGAUUAUUUUUUCCAAGGUUUUUUUUCCUUUCCAACGACGAAAUGCUUGAAAUAUUAUCCGAAACAAAAGAUCCACUAAGAGUUCAACCCCAUUUAAGAAAAUGUUUCGAAGGUAUUUCAAAAUUAGGAUUCGAUAGCGAAUUAAAUAUAUUUUCAAUGAUUAGCGCUGAAGGAGAACAAAUAUAUAUUGUUUCGACAAUAUCGACCGCAGAAGCGAGAGGUUCUGUUGAGAAAUGGCUUUUACAGGUUGAAGAACAAAUGGUUAUCACGAUUAGAGACGUUACGGAAAGAGCUUACAAAGCUUAUUUACAAACGGAUAGAAACGUUUGGGUUAAAGAAUGGCCGGGACAAAUCGUCAUUUGCGUUUCGACAAUUUAUUGGACGAGCGAAGUACACGAACAAUUAAGUAAAGGAGAUGUUAAACAUUUGAAAACCUACCAUGACGGUUUACAAGUACAACUGAAUCAAAUUGUUGCCCUGGUAAGAGGUAAAUUAUCUAAGCAAAAUAGAGUCACUCUUGGAGCAUUGGUUGUCAUUGACGUUCAUGCAAAAGACGUCGUGGAAGAAUUAAUUGAAACUAACAUAACUAGUGACACUGACUUUUCCUGGUUGGCACAAUUAAGAUAUUAUUGGGAAGAUGAUUGUAUGGUGAGAAUAAUCAAUGCCGUCGUCAAGUACGCUUAUGAGUAUUUGGGAAACACGCCUAGAUUGGUUAUCACGCCUCUCACGGAUCGUUGUUACCGUACAUUGAUAGGAGCUUAUCAUUUACAUUUGAAUGGCGCACCGGAAGGACCAGCCGGAACGGGAAAAACGGAAACUACCAAAGAUUUAGCAAAAGCUUUAGCUGUGCAAUGCGUUGUUUUUAAUUGUUCCGACGGUUUAGAUUACAUUGCAAUGGGAAAAUUUUUCAAAGGUUUGGCUUCUUCCGGAGCUUGGGCGUGCUUUGACGAGUUUAACCGAAUCGAAUUAGAAGUAUUAUCAGUAAUCGCUCAACAAAUUUUAUGCAUCAUGCUCGCGGUUCAGGCCGGUGUGAAAACUUUUGUUUUUGAAGGAACCGAAUUAGUUUUGAAUCCCGCGUGUUACGUUUGCAUCACCAUGAAUCCCGGAUAUGCCGGACGAUCUGAAUUACCGGACAAUUUAAAAGUUUUAUUCCGUACGGUCGCCAUGAUGGUGCCGGAUUACGCAUUAAUAGGAGAAAUUUCAUUGUAUUCUUACGGUUUUGUAAAAGCUCGGGUAUUGUCUGUGAAAAUUGUGACAACGUACAGAUUGUGUUCAGAACAGUUAUCGUCUCAAUAUCAUUACGACUACGGAAUGAGAGCUGUGAAAACCGUUUUACAAGCUGCUGGAAAUCUUAAAUUAAAAUUUCAAGACGAAAACGAAGAUAUUCUUUUAUUACGUUCCAUCAUAGAUGUUAAUUUGCCGAAAUUUUUACGUCACGAUAUUCCUCUUUUCGAAGGAAUAAUUUCAGAUUUGUUUCCGGGUAUUGUUUUACCCACGCCCGAUUAUGACGACAUGUUAAACGUUGUCGACGUAGUUUGCAAGAAAAAAGUUCUUCAACCGGUUGAAUCAUUUAAAAUAAAAAUAAUUCAAACGUACGAAAUGAUGAUUGUAAGACACGGAUUCAUGUUGGUGGGGGAUCCAUUCGGAGGUAAAACUUCAACAUUACACGUUUUGGCAGAUACUUUAACUAUAAUGAACGAAAAAGGUUUCGAAGAGGAAAAGGUACAAUACGUUACCAUCAAUCCGAAAAGUAUUACAAUGGGACAAUUGUACGGUCAAUUCGAUCCCGUGAGCUAUGAGUGGUCUGAUGGAAUCGUCGCGACAUCUUUUAGAGGGUUCGUUCAAAGUGAAACAACCGAUAGGAAAUGGAUUAUAUUCGAUGGUCCCGUAGAUGCCGUAUGGAUAGAAAACAUGAACACUGUAUUGGACGAUAAUAAAAAAUUAUGUUUAAACUCUGGGGAAGUUAUGGCGAUGACCAAUGUCAUGAGCAUGAUUUUCGAAGUCAUGGACUUGGCACAAGCGAGUCCUGCUACCGUAUCGCGAUGCGGAAUGAUUUACCUCGAACCCGAAACCCUCGGUUGGAGGCCGUUAGUUCAAUCUUGGAUAACGAAACAAAAAGGACCGUGGAUGGAAGGCAAUGAAAAUUUAAUAUACGACUUAUACGAAUGGCUAAUACCUCCAUCAUUGACAUUCACGAGAAGACAUUGCACUUUUAUUUGUAACGCCGGCGUGGCAAAUCGAAUAAAUUCAAUGAUGACAAUAGUUCAAAUACUUUUGAAUGAUGCUUGCGCUCCCGAAAAAAAAGAAAAAAAUCAAGAGGUCGACUUAAAGAAUGUUAAUAUUUGGAUUCAAGCGGCUUUCAUAUAUUCAGGUAUUUGGGGAUUAGGAGGAGGUUUGGAUCUUCAAUCGAGAGCAACGUUUAAUGAAUUUUAUUUGGAAAUGUGGAAAGGAACCGCGGCUCAUCCGUUUCCGGAAAGUUUAGGAAAAGUAGAAAUUUCACUACCGUCAGAUGGACUUAUACACGAUCAUUGUUAUUCGUUUAAAGGAAGAGGAGCUUGGAAACAUUGGCCGGAAGCUAUGAAAACGGAAAAACUCGUAGAAACUAUUAAUAUAUCUCAAAUGCUCGUUCCGACCGUGGACACGGUUAAAUAUCAAUAUUUGCUCGAACUCCACAUAAAACACAAUUUUCCGACUCUUUUGGUGGGAAGCACGGGAACGGGAAAAAGUUUCUACAUUCAGAAUUUACUCAUGUACAAACUCUCUCAGGAUUUGUUCGUUCCAGCAUUUAUUACUUUCACGGCUUCCAUAACGGCAAAUCAAACGCAAGAGUUGGUCAUAUCAAAAUUAAAUAAGAAAAAAAAAGGUCGUUACGGACCGCCCAUGGGAAAAAAAUGUGUGAUAUUCGUCGACGACAUGAAUAUGCCAGCCAAAGAAGUUUACGGUGCUCAACCUCCGAUCGAACUCCUCCGCCAAUAUUUUGACUGUAAACAUUGGUACGAUUUAAAAGACACUUCUAAAAUAUUUUUAUUCGAUACUUUAUUCAUGGGUGCCAUGGGAUUGCCGGGUGGCAGCAGACAAGAAAUCUAUGCGAGAUUUCUCAGACACUUCAACAUUUUCGCCAUUUGCGAUUUCUCCGAGGAGAGCAUGAUUAAAAUUUUCACGACCGUGUUAUUUGUGGGUUUGAAAAGAAAUGGUUUCGCCACGGACGUUAUGAAUUCGGUUUCGUCAAUCGUUCACGCGACAAUGGAUAUGUAUCAAAGUGCAAUGAAUAAUUUGAGACCCACACCCGCAAAGUCUCACUACAUAUUCAAUUUGAGGGAUUUUGCCAGGGUUAUACAGGGAUGCUCUCUCGUUAGAAAAGAAUCCGCGGAAUCGAAAAAAUUUUUCGGCAAAUUAUGGGUGCACGAAAUUCUCCGAGUAUUUUACGAUCGUUUAAUAGAAGAUGCGGAUAGAAAUUGGGUCUUUGAUAAAAUUCGUUUGUGCGUUCGAGAGCACUUGAAAGAAAAUUUCGAUCUUUUAUUCGAUAAUCUUCCGUUGGAAAAUAACGAAUGCACUCAAGAGUCGCUGAGAGAUUUCAUGUUUGGAAAUUACAUGGACAUGGACGCGUUGGAAGAAGAACGAAAAUACGAAGAAAUUCCAAGUCCCGAUGAGUUCAGAGAUGUUGCUCUACAAUACAUGCAAGAUUAUAACACCAGUCAUAAAACGAAAUUGGACAUUGUCCUUUUUAGAUACGCAUUAGAACACUUGUCUCGAAUAUGCCGGAUAUUGGCCAUACCCAGUGGAUCCGGCUUAUUAGUAGGAGUGAGUGGAUCGGGUCGUCAAAGUUUGUGCAAGCUUGCCACCGUCAUGCUUUCUUAUAAUAUUUUUCAACCGGAAAUAACAAAUAAUUACGGAAUGGUCAGUUGGAGAGAGGAUUUAAAAAAAGUAUUGAGAGAAGCCGGGGGCAAAGCUAAAAACACGACAUUUUUAUUUUCCGAAGGACAAAUUAAAGAAGAAUCGUUUUUGCUCGAUAUCGACGCUUUGUUGAAUUCAGGAGAGGUUCCGAACUUGUUUGCAAUCGAUGAAAAGCAAGAAAUAUUAGAAAUGGUUAGACUCGCCGCACAAGGAGGCAAUAGGAAUUUAGAUAUAAGCCCUCUGGCUGUUUUUUCCUUUUUUAUAAGCAGGUGCAAGCAAAAGCUACACGUGAUGCUGUGUUUAAGUCCGAUAGGUUCAUCAUUUAGAAAUCGUUUGAGAUUGUAUCCGUCUUUUGUUAAUUGUUGCACAAUCGAUUGGUUUGUGGAUUGGCCAGAAGAUGCCCUUGAAAUGAUCGGUAUAAAAUGGAUGAAAGACGUUCACUUAUCGGAAGAAAUAAAAAGUGUGGCCACUUUGGCGUGCAAGCAUUUUCACGUGACUGCAAAAAAGCUCUCGGACGAAUUUUACCAAAAAACAAAUAGGAAAACUUACAUAACGUCGUCUGCUUUUUUGGAAUUGAUAAAAUGUUUUACGCAUUUCACGAAUAGUAAACAAGAUGAAAUCAUGGCUGCUAAAAUGAGAUACGUCGGAGGUCUCGAAAAAUUAGAUUUUGCAGCAGCACAAGUUGCUGAAAUGUCCAAUGAGCUUUCGGCGUUGAAACCUAAACUAGUGAUUGCUGCUAAGGAAACUUUGGAAAUGAUGGAAACGAUAGAAAAAGAAACGAUCAAAGUGGAAAGAGUCACGGAACUCGUGAAAGAGGAUGAAAAAGUGGCAAACGUUCAAGCUGCAGCAGCAGCCGAAUUAAAAGUAGAAUGCGAAGCGGAUUUAGCCGAAGCCGUUCCUAUCCUGGAGGAAGCCAUUGCUGCUUUGAACACACUAAAACCGACCGACAUAACCCUAGUGAAAAGUAUGAAAAAUCCUCCCGAUACUGUUAAAUUGGUUAUGGCUGCCGUUUGCGUAAUGAAAAAUGUCAAACCCGAUCGAAUAACGGAUCCGACGACGGGUAAAAAAAUUUUGAAUUAUUGGGGACCCAGCAAGAGGAUUUUAGGAGAAAUGACAUUUUUGCAAUCAUUAAAAGAGUACGAUAAGGAUAACAUUCCGGAAGAAAUAAUGAAUAAAAUACGUAAGGAAUAUUUGCCGCACAAGGAUUUUAAACCGAGCGUGGUAGCAAAAGCAUCGAGCGCAGCCGAAGGUUUAUGCAAAUGGAUCAUAGCAAUGGAUCUUUACGACGCGGUGGCGAAAGAAGUGGCACCGAAAAAAGCCAAAUUACAAAUAGCCGAAACGGAAUUUGCGAAAACGAUGGAACUUUUGGAUCAGAAAAAAGCACAAGUCACGAAAUUGGAAUCCGAAUUAAACGAAUUAAAGGACAAGUUGAAAAAUGCACAAGAUCAAAAGCAAGCUCUCGAAGAUGAGGUAAAUCUUUGUUCGAAUAAACUUACGAGAGCGGAAAAAUUGAUCGGAGGUUUAGGAGGAGAAAAAUCACGUUGGAGCGCAGCAGCCGAUUCCCUUCAAAAUUAUUACGAUUGUUUGGCGGGUGACAUAUUGAUAUCGUGUGCGAUCAUUGCUUAUUUAUCUCCCUUCACGAUGAAUUAUCGAAUGGAAAAAAUCCAAGAAUGGCAAAGUCACGUCAAAUCCUUAAACAUACCCGCAUCGGAUGAAUACGUAUUUUCGAAAAUAAUGGGUUCGGAUAUAAAAAUACAAAGUUGGAACAUAUACGGACUCCCGCGAGAUCAAUUUUCAUCUGAUAACGCCAUAAUAAUGGAUAACUCUCGGAGAUGGUCGCUUUUUUUGGAUCCCCAAAAUCAGGCGAAUAAAUGGGUCAAAGCCAUGGAAAAAUCAAACGAUUUGAAAGUGUGUAAAUUUUCCGAUUCCAAUUACAUGAAAAUAGUUGAAAUGUGCAUCGAAACGGGAAGACCCGUUCUCAUUGAAAACAUAUUGGAAGAAUUGGAAGCACCGAUCGAACCUUUACUCAAUAAUAAUACCUUUCAACAGGGUGGAAGACUAUACAUGGCCUUGGGAGAUAACGUUAUUGAAUACAAUCCGAAAUUUUUACUCUACAUGACAUCGAAAUUGAGAAAUCCUCACUACCUACCCGAAGUGUUCAACAAAGUCACCGUCAUUAACUUCUCAUUAACAAUCGACGGUUUAGAAGAUCAAUUAUUGGGUAUAGUCGUGGCAAAAGAACGACCCGACCUUCAAGAAACGAGACAAGAAUUGAUCGUUCAAAGUGCGAAUAAUAAAAAAGCAUUGGUUGACGUCGAAGACAUGAUAUUGAAAACGUUAUCGGAAACAAAAGGUAACAUAUUGGAAAACGAAUCCGCCAUUGAAGUACUGGAUUCGUCGAAAAUAUUAUCGUUGGAAAUAUUAGAAAAACAAGAGGCAGCCAAAGAAACGGAACAAAUGAUUGAGAGUUUCCGGUUGAACUACAGGCCCAUAGCAUCUCAUUCUGCCGUUUUGUACUACUGCGUAACGGAUUUACCGAACGUCGACCCAAUGUAUCAAUACUCACUCGGAUGGUUUAUCAAUUUGUACGUCAUGUCUAUCGAAACCGCGAACAAAUCAAAAUUGUUGGAAAAGAGACUCGCGUUCUUACACGAAACGUUCACCUACAAUCUUUAUUCGAACGUGUGUCGGUCACUUUUCGAAAAAGACAAACUCCUUUUUUCCCUAUUGCUUUGUUGCAACGUCAUGAUGUCUAAAAAAACUCUCACGAAAACGGAAUUCAUGUUUUUGAUUACCGGAGGGGUGGGACUCAAAAAUCCUUUGCCGAAUCCGGCUUCGUCGUGGUUAAGCGGAAAAUCUUGGGACGAAUUGUGCAGAGUCAACGAAAUACCCGGUUUCAAGGGCAUCGUGGACCAUUUCAUUAAAUUCUCAAAAGAAUGGCAGCAAUUUUACGAUUUACCCGAUCCGACUUACGAUAACAUACCGGCGUCGUGGCGUAACAAAUUGACGGAUUUUAAAAAUUUAAUGCUCAUAAGAAUAUUCAGACCUGAUAAAAUCCUUAUAAACGUGUCGAAAUUCGUAGAAGCCGAAUUAGGUACGAAAUUCACCAGACCUCCGACGUUCGAUAUAUCGAAAUCUUACAACGAUUCCAAUUGUUUGUGUCCUCUGAUAUUCAUACUGUCUCCGGGAGCGGAUCCUAUGAGAGCUCUCACGAAAUUUUCGCAAAAAAAAGGAAUGGUAACGAAAUUUCAAUCGAUUUCCCUGGGUCAAGGACAAGGACCCAUAGCGGCUAAAAUGAUAGAACAGGCACAAAUCGACGGAGAUUGGGUCUGUCUUCAAAAUUGUCACUUGGCCGUUUCGUGGAUGCCUGCAUUGGAAAAAAUCUGGGAGGGUUUGGACACUUCGAACACCGCUCUAACGUUUCGAUUGUGGUUGACGAGUUAUCCGUCGGAUAAAUUUCCCGCUAGCAUAUUACAGUACGGUGUCAAAAUGACGAACGAACCACCCACGGGUUUGCAACCCAAUUUGGCAAGAUCGUAUUCAUCGGAACCGGUUAAAGAUCCGGAAUUUUUCGAAGGAUGCCCCGGAAAGGAUAAAAUAUUCGGAAAGUUAUUGUACGGUAUUUGUUUCUUUCACGCGAUAGUCCAAGAAAGGAGGAAAUAUGGUGCCAUAGGAUGGAACAUACCCUACGGUUUCAACGAAUCCGAUUUUCAAAUAUCCGUUAAACAAUUGCAAAUGUUUUUGAACGAAUACGAUUACGUUCCGUACAAAGCGAUAACAUAUUUAACGGGAGAGUGUAACUAUGGCGGACGAGUGACGGACGAUUGGGACAGAAGGUGUCUCAUAACAAUACUAAGCGAUUUCGUCAACCCGAACGUCGUGAGCGAUCCGGGUUACACGUUUUGUCCGUUGGGUCCCGCGUACGGACUCCCCAGGAAAACGGAAUACAGGGAUUACGUGAAUCACAUAAAUAACAUUCCGUCGGUGCCGCCACCGGAAGUGUUCGGUUUGCACACGAACGCGGGAAUAACGCGAGAUUUGCAAAACGCUAAAAAUUUACUUUCAUCUCUUCUGCUGGUACAGGGAGAAAGCACCGGAGGAGAUUCGAGUUCGGAUGCUUUGCUCUACGACAUAGCCAAAGACAUUUUAUCAAAACUCCCGCCGAAUUUCGAUUUGGAACUCGCUUUGGAAAAAUUUCCGGUCACGUACACGGAAUCCAUGAACACCGUGCUCGUGCAGGAAAUGGAAAGGUUUAACAAAUUGUUAUCCGUCAUACGAACGACUUUGCAAAGUAUUCAAAAGGCAAUAAAAGGUUUGGUCGUCAUGACUCCGGCACUAGACAUGAUAGCAGCAAACAUUCAAUAUGCUAAAGUACCCGCCGCUUGGGCCAAAGUCUCUUAUCCGAGCUUGAAAAAAUUAGGUUCUUACGUGAACGAUUUUCUCGAAAGGUUAGCGUUUUUAAAAAGGUGGCACGACGCGGGAAAACCCCCGCAAUUUUGGUUGUCGGGUUUUUUUUUCACUCAGGCAUUUUUAACGGGUGCCAUGCAAAAUUUUGCAAGAAAAUACACGAUACCCAUCGAUCAAUUGACGUUCGAUUUCGAAGUCACGAAUUUGGGUAAAAUUGCUAAACCCCCGAUCGAUGGGGUUUACAUUUACGGUUUGUUCGUCGACGGUGCUCGUUGGGAUAGAAAAGCGGGAAAUUUGGAAGAACAAUUUUUUAAAAUAUUAUACGACGUUUUACCCGUCGUCUGGUUGAAACCGAUAGAAAAAAUAAAAUUACAAGAAAAAGGACGUUAUAAAAGUCCUUUGUAUAAAACGUCGGAAAGACGAGGAGUUUUGUCGACGACGGGUCAUUCGACAAAUUACGUUUUACCAUUUUUAUUAGAUACUAAAAAACCCGUUUCCCAUUGGAUAAAAAGAGGGACGGCACUUUUAUGUCAAUUGGAUGAUUAG